AUGUCUUAUCACACAGCAUCCAACACUUCCGAGUCACAGACGACGAAGAAAAUUGAGCAGGAACAGCAGCUACUCAAUCUCUGUGCUUUUCAGGGGGGUAUCACUGCUGCUUGCAUAGCCAGGAGCGCCAUCAAGUACGGCUCUUUUGAAUCCAACAGGGGUGCAUCACUCUCUGCCUUUCAGAGCUUGGAAUGCCACCUCGCUCAAUUCUGUCACAAUGAUAUGGGUGGGGAUCAAAGCACCUCGCUCGUAUGCCUCGCAGAUGAAGGGAGGGCUGUGUUUCUCUUUACCUCAAACUUCAGGAAAGAAACCCAGCUCGAAGAGAUUAAAAGAGGUCUCAAAGAGUUGCUACGAUAUGCUGCCACCAAUCCUGAUGAGCUACAACCUAAGCCACUGCAGAAAAUGAUUCUGUGGCGUUUUGUUGAUUUCUGCUUCAGAAAAUUUGAUCGAUAUUGCAAGACAAUGUCUAGAACGCUUGAUGAAUGCAUCUAUGAGUGCGAAUCGGCCAAUGAAUCUACAAUUACCAAGCAGCUGUGCGAACUGAAGUCUAGAGUCGAAUUUCCACGGGAGAUGACUGACUCAGUGAGGAACAAGAUCCUCUACGAUUGCGAGACUCUGAUAAAGGCUAUCGAGGCGAGCAAGAACAGCAACCUUGGUGGAGAGAUUGACCGUCGUGCCAGGCAGGAUGACCAUGAUCAGGCCUACAAAUGGUGCGAACUCCGGCACUGUCUUGGACGCCUCUACUCAUAUCGUCAGGCCGCCGAUGCCAUUGUUGAGGCAACAACGAGAUGGCCUAAACUUUUCAAGAGCUUCAAAGUCGAAUACAUUCCCUCUGCAAGGCAAAAGAAGGCUGCGUUACCCAUGUCAGGGAAAUUGACGGACGUACUUCACAACGCUUUUCCUCAGUACGACCUAGAGCAGUUCCAAACCGAUAUCGCCGAGCUUCAGAAAUAUGGGCUCGAAUCGGAGAUCGUUAAACAGGUCCUUGAGAGGAACACCAAGACUAUUAUCCAUGCAGAAGUCCAUAUGCACGACUAUCUUAGCAGAGUGAGAAAGGUCAAGGCAUCAGACUUUUGGGAUGGCACCAUGUUUAUCGCAACUAGCAAACCGGUUUGCCGGCUUUGCCAUUUCUAUUUCCAGAACGACGAUAACGAGUUCAGCGUCCAGCCUCCGCACAUGAACUUGUAUCCCAUGUGGCGCGUUCCCGAUGAUGCAAGCGAAGAGGUGUUGGAAGACCUCAUCGACAAGAUGCAGGUGAACACGAUAAAGCUGAUUACAGAAAAGCAGCCAUACUACAAAAGAUAUGAUUCUAGAACCGAUUCACAGGGAUGCCAGACCAGAGCGACUCACAGAACGGUGUUUGACCGUUCCGGUGCCCCUUCUCCUCUGGACAGGCGCAGUGCUCAACCUGGCAUAAGGCCGGGGGGCUAUCACAAUGUACCUCCACCACCCAGCGAAGUGUUUGAUGACAUUAUCCCGCUGGGAAGUGAUAUGGAGGAUUAUGGAGUUGUAGGAGACGGAAGGGCUUCGGCAAUGAAUGGCGGGCCGAUGAUAGGGGUAGCUAAUUAA